AUGGCCCCCACCAACCUCCACAGUCGCGACUUCCCUUCUUCCAUCCAGCCUGUAAUCCAUCUCCCUCCUUCUCAGCAACCAACCAACGUUAUUUUAUUUCUGCCUGGCCUUGGAGACAGCGCAGCCAACUUCUCUUCUUUUGCCAAAGCCCUCAAUCUGCCAGAUGCCUUGACCAUCACCCUGAACCCUCCAUUCCCCUUCCCGCUUCCCCUGGGACUGCCCGGCCAGCAAUGGUCUCACGACGUCCAGAUCGACACCUCCACCGGCCAGAUUGACCCAGACAGUCCCUUGGAAACGGCGACAAAACUCAUCGCAGAAGAUGUCAUCUCCAAGACUCUCAUUGGAAAGUCUGGCUACCGCCCAGAUCACAUCCACCUCUUUGGAUUCGGACAGGGUGGCUCUGUCGCUCUUGCUGUGGCCCUUCACCCAGCCCUGUCCAAGAUAGCGCCUCUAGGUGGUGUCGUUUCCAUUGGCGGCCCUGUCCCGAUUUCGAUCUCAGUUCCCUCUACAAAGAAUAGGACUCCAAUUCUCCUCCUGUCAGGGUCCAAGUCGAUUCUUUCUUCCACUGGAUCGAGUCCAUUGAAGCGGUGUCAAGACUCCUUCCAGUUCCUCGAGUUCCACUCUUGGAAAAAAUCCGAUGAUUCGAUGCCAAAGAACAGAGAUGAAGUCCUACCCAUGAUGCAAUUCUGGGCACGCCGCUUGAAGAGCCGAAGAGGUGUCCCAGAUGACGCUGUUGAGCUUAGUUGAAGAGAACUCAUCUUCCGCUCAAAGCCACUACACACUGGAGUCAAGCUUGUAAGAGCCGUGUUCAAUUUUGCAUUAGAUUUAUAGUCAUGCUGGACAUGUUGAACAUCAUAAGAGCCAAUUCCGUUUCUACAACAUUAUUCUCCCCCUAUCGAAAACUCCGCUGGAACAGACUUUAGCAAGGCCACAUCUACCACAUGACAUGACGUCUUCUUGGCUGGGAUGACCCUACCAAUUGAUACACGUUGAGUCUGCUAGGUCCACCGCAAUACUGGCCUUUGUUACCAUCACACAACAUGGAGCAAUCUGCAUCUCCACCAGGCGCCGGACUUCCACCGUUAGUAAGGCCUAUAUUGUUACAGAAACACUCCCGAGAAUAUUCCACACCCGCCCAUGAAUAUCCCUUCGCAAAGCAUGCCUCAGCACAGAAUUCAACAGUCAUACUCGAGCUUGCGGUCGAGUACGACCCAGAUCCGCCAAGCGAGCGACCUGAAGAUCCUUCUGUGAAGCACCCCUUGUACGCAUACUGAGCAUUUUGUGCCGAGAUAUUGACCAAAGCUGGGUUGCCGGGCUGAAUGAAGCCUGUGUUCUGGAAGAGGCUCAGUGCUCCAGGUCCACCACAGAUCUGUGUGUCGUUCCCUUUGCAUUUCAUGUUGCACCCACUUGAGGAAAGUUGGGAAGCAGAUUCUCGAAUACUGUUGCCCGCAAAGCAUUCGCCAGCAUAUUCCAAGCCAAAGUACUUGUAAUUGGCAGAUUGCGCAGUCCGAGCGCAGAGCUCAAGUGUCAUUUUGCUGUCGGUAGUGUAGCUUCCACUAAGGGUGCGACUACCCCCAGCGUCGGACCAACAUCCUAAAUAGCUAGCACCAUCGAUGGAGGGGCCAGUUGGGGUCGACGACGGUGAAGACACGGCAGACGAGGUUGAUGAUGGGGUGCUUGUGAUGGUCCAGACACUGAGCCUGUUCGGUCCUCCACAGUAUUCGGUGCGAGCUCCGGCGCAAACCAUGGGACAUUCGCUCUGGGGGGCGCUCGCCGACGAGAUGGCACUACCGCAGAAACAUUCUCUUCCAUACUCUGUACCAAAGACAGAGAAUCCUUUGGACUGGCAAUAUGCGCCACAGAUCGAAGUCGACAUGGAAUCGUUGGCAUAUGACGCAGCCGAUAGUGCUCGACCCCCUGAAUUAUCGACAUAGCACCCUUUGUAUUGAGCCACACUCCCAGACGAGAUUGUCGCCGUUGUUGUACCUGCAACCGGUACUGGCCGAGUUUGCCCGUCGGUGUUGGUGACUGGGUUCAAAUUUGGCUGAGUCGGACAGACUCCUUGAGGAGCCCGUGCCGGUCCUGACGUUACCUCGUUGCAGCCUGGAAGUUUCGACAAGACGCCUUUGACUUGUUCGUUGACGAGAGGGGCCUGCUCGGGGCAGUUGGUGCCAAAAUAGUCGUCUUGAGAAGCCGCCAGUGGAGGGCAUUCUGAAAUGUUGCCCGACUCAACGUCAUUGAUACAUGCCGCGAUCGCGUCGGUCAAGACUUGGGUAUCCCAUGCAUUGAGAAAGUCACCGUGGAAACCAUAACCUGUUGUGUCACCGUUGGAGAAUACAAACCUGCCCCCAUCUGAGGUGUCGAUCCGGUUGGGAAAGUAGUAAAUCUCAUAGAAGAGGUGGGGGAGUAGCUUCGGAUGGGUGGGAGGGCAGACACCAUUGUCGAUCUGUGACAUAUAUGCGACGUGCGAUUGGUCAGCCUUGUAAAGAUUCACCCCAUCCCAGCAGCUGGGGAAUUGGAUCUGAGCACGAAGACCGUUGGGACAGUUGGUGUUGGCCAUAUACGGCGUCUCUGGCGUGGCUUGGGCAUAGUUGAUGCAUGCAAAACUGACACGGUCGGCCACCGGCCUUGACCGGUAUCUCCCAGUGCUAUAUGUCAUGGUCUCAUUGUCAUAUGAUCGCCUGGAAGGGUCUCCAGACACCACUUGGAAACCUGGAGGAAAAGGGACAAUGUUGCGGCGAUCUUCGCCUCUUCCUAGGUAGUAUACGACUGUGCCGUCAUUAGGCACAUUAAUGAAGGACCCAUCCCCUCGCUGGUAGUACAACAAUGGUGUCCAGUACGCGCUCUUGUCUUUCUGGAUCGAGCACGACGUGCAUGAAGCGGCGGUCAACGAUUGGAACGUCGAUGUCGUGUUGAUGUCUGAUAUAAUCAGCCAAGUUGCAAAACCUGUUACUAUCUGUGAGGCUUCACUCACUACUCGCUCCCGACAACAGAUGUACGUGACCUGAGAUGGCAUUCGGGUUGAUGAUAGGAUCUACACGACCAAUCUGAGCGAUGCCACAAUUCAUGCGCCAGAAUGCGUCAACACCGGUGAACCAGCAACUGGCGAGAACGCCGACUGAGGUUGCAAUAUCGUAUCUCAUCUUGGUGAAUGGUGCAGGUGAUUGGUAGCGUCGAGGACAGUCUGGAACAGCCAUCGUCAGGUAUUAUACAGGCACGACAGGGCAGAGGGCCGGCCCUUCCAACGGUGGAUACUUCGGUUAGCUCCAAGGUUCGAAAGAGUGACAGCUGUCAGAAGUGGUGCUGGUAAUCUCACAUGGCGUUCCUGCAUCCAAUGCAUAUACGCACGGACCUCAGGUUCCUGACGUUCUGGCUCACAUGGAAUGCAAAAAGGAGUAAAAACGCGCAGAACGGGCGCGUAGUCAACAACGCACGGCUUGAUAAGGCCACCCAAAACUUCCCUCUGCCAUGGAAAACGGCCUUUGGCGGUCCAUAAUAUGUACGCUAGGUGCUUCGGGAACUGCCCGAUGUAACAAGCCAAAGGGCUUGGGCACGGAAUCACUCCUUAGAGUCCCGCCUCCCUUUGGUAUAGGGUACUCGGUGCCAUCCACUGGUAAGAUUGCCGCGAAAGUUGUAGUGCGGUUCGUACGACUCAGGUUGGACAUUGUACCCUUCGUCAACGGCCUUGACGACAAACUGCCUGCCAGCCAAGCGUUUUGGGACCAACCAUCGCCAACGUGUCCAUGCCCAGGAUUUGGACCCAUGGGCUUCAUCCGGUAGCAAUUCAGCUUGAUGCCAGGUUCGACCAUCAUCGGGGCUGAUGUCGACCCGCACGAUGCGUCGCCCACCUCCAGCAAAAGCAUAGCCUUCCACUUCUACCGCAUCUUCCUCCAUGCCAUAGACACGAAGGAGUUUCUGGUCUUCGGCGGACCGUGGCGACGCGUUACGAAGCGACGUAAUUGCGCUCUGCACCGGCAUCUCCUGGAUGGCGGGUGCCGAAGACCAGUCGACAUCUUGCCCACCCUGAUUGGGUCCAAAACAUUUGUAAUCGCGUUGCUGCCAUUGUGAUUGAGACUCUUCAUCCGACAACGUGAUCCGCUUCAGCCAUUUGACGCUCCGUGCCGCUACAUGACCUGGUACCAAAGCUCGGAGAGGAAACCCAUGAUCGCGUGGUAGAGGUUCGCCGUUCAUUUCGUACACGAGCAGAACAUCUUCUCGUUUUCCAAGGGCCUUAUCAAUAGGGAUCGACGCGCCGUACGCCUCGGCUCCUUGGAACUGAACGUGCUUGGUUUCGUUUUCAUCGAAGGUAUCAAUGUCGAAUCCUGCAUCGGCAAGGACAUCUCUAAGGCGGACUCCGGUCCAGACAGCAUUGGAGAUCGCUCCAAUUUCCCAGGGCAGACCACUGGUGGAUCGCGCCUCGUCGUUCAUAUGUUGACGUCGGUUUCCAGAGCAUUGGAGUGUGCAAGUGACCUUUGUUGACCGAAACUGCGACAUCGGACUUCAGUAUUGUGCAGACAGGAGAGGGAAAGAAAGUCAAAGUUGGGGUACCUACCUUGGACUUGAGGUCCUUGAUCGAGUACUCUACUUCCUCACCAUCGGGUAGUUCAAUCUGAACUUUAUAGUCAUCCUGACUCAGGGAUGGGACCCAAAGGUGGUGUCGGAUAUAGAAAUUGGAGUUCGGGGUGAUGUAGGAUUUUAGGUCCUCCGGCGCAGUUUCGGCGUUGAACGGUCGGUCGCUGUGAACAAUGAGGUCUGGAUGCCGGGCGGGAUCGUUCUUGAAAGGAUCCUCAAUGUCAUCAGAAGGAACCCUUCCGUCGACAAGAUCACGGGGAUCGAGGUCGCCAACAUAGUAUUGCUCGAGGAUAUCAUAG